GACCACUCGCCCUGCAGCAGGACACCCGACUUGGUUGAGUUGGUAGGUGUAGGUUUAGAAGCUGAGUAACCCCGUGUCACUCCUGCAGCGAGGAUCAAGGGACCUUCUUAACACCGCAUUCCCCCCAGCGGGUGGGGAUCGGCUAUUCAGGCUGGGGCAGGAGAGGACCCGAGGCUCCUGCAAGAGCUGGUCCGGGGGCCCGAACUCCCUGCACCUUCACAGACCAGAGCAUGGCUACACUCCUGCCACUGCUCCUGGGCCUCGGCCUGGGCUGCACAGGAGCAGGUGGCUUUGUGGCUCAUGUAGAAAGCACCUGUCUGCUGGAUGACAAUGGGACUCCAAAGGACUUCACAUACUGUGUCUCCUUCAACAAAGAUCUGCUGUCCUGCUGGGAUCCAGAGGAAGGACAAAUAGUCCCUUGUGAAUUUGGGACACUGUAUAUGUUGGCCAAAUUAAUUUCGGAUAACCUUAACCAAAAUGACAACCUGCUUCAGCGUUUGAGGAAUGGGCUCCAGGAUUGUGCCACACACACCCAGCCCUUCUGGGGGUCACUGACCCACAGAACACGACCACCAUCUGUGCGAGUAGCCCAAACCACUCCUUUUAACACAAGGGAGCCCGUGAUGCUUGCUUGCUAUGUAUGGGGCUUCUAUCCGGCGGACGUGACCAUCACAUGGAUGAGGAACGGACACCUCAUCGCUCCCCACAGCAGCACUGAGAAGACCGCCCAGCCCAAUGGAGACUGGACAUAUCAGACUGUCUCCUACCUGGCUUUGACCCCCACCUAUGGGGACAUCUACACCUGUGUGGUGCAGCACAGUGGGACUCCGGAGCCCGUCCGUCAGAACUGGACACCUGGGUUGUCCCCAGUACAGACAGUGAAGGUUUCUGUGUCUGCAGUCACCCUAGGCCUGGGCUUCAUCGUCUUCUGUAUUGGUUUGAGGAGGUGGCGGAAGGCUCGGAACUCCAGCUACAUCCCUCUCCCUGGAUCCAGUUACCCAGAAGGACGACACUAGAGAGCAGAACCCAACAACUUCCAGUGACGAGGAGAUUCAAACUCUUAAGGAUGCCUCCAUGCUCCCCAACAUCUUCUGUAUACCCCUAUUUUCUUAAAGUUCCUCUACCCAGUUCUUUGAAUUUUCCAGUUCCUGUCCCCUCAUGUAAAUAUAAGCAGUUUAGGUGACUCAUUUUUGGAGAUAUUCUGCAGUGAAAUUGUCCAGGGCUAUACUUCUGGGGUGAACAUAAUAUGAGAAAGGGGUUCAAGGCCCCCCUGAAGGCCCUGUCGUUUUACAGAGCAAGUCACUGAUGCUUACUCUUAAAAAAAUAAACUGGUGGAAUUACUGGUU